AUGGAGGAGACCAGGAGUCCGGUCCGCUCUGUCCUCUCUCUCUCCUCUCCUCUCUCCUGUCCCCUGUCUCUCCUCCUCUCCCUGUCUCCCAGGCUGUUUGUGACGAAGUGCAGCAGCUGCCUGAAGGUGGUGGGGCCCUCGGAGCUGAUCAUGCGUGUGCUGGAGCACGUCUACCACGUGGAGUGCUUCUGCUGCUGCGAGUGCGACCGCCGGCUGCAGCGCGGUGACGAGUUCGUGCUCAAGGAGGGCCAGCUGCUGUGCCGCGGCGACUACGAGAAGGAGAGGGAGAUGCUGUCUGCCAUCAGCCCCGCGCCCACCGAGUCAGUGAAGAGCGAUGAAGAGGAGGGCUCGGGCGCAGUGCCAGGGAAGGGGGGCGAGGACAGCAAGGAGCACAAGCGCUCCAAGAGGCCGCGCACCAUCCUCACCACGCAGCAGCGCCGCGCCUUCAAGGCCUCCUUCGAGGUCUCCUCCAAGCCCUGUCGCAAGGUUCGAGAGACUCUUGCAGCCGAGACAGGACUAACCGUACGAGUCGUUCAGGUGUGGUUUCAGAACCAGAGAGCGAAG